AUGACGACCAAUGAGCCCGUUCCAGCCCACCUGGACCCAAAAACCUAUCCACGCACACACCACGAUGCAGACCAAAACAUCCACGUAACGCUAACCUACGAUGUACUCGACCCAAACACCUAUCUAUCACAGACCUCCUCCCCCGCAGCAGGCGCAAACACGCUCUUUCUCGGUACUACUCGCGACACAUUCGAAGGCCGCCCCGUCUCCCAACUAAGCUACACGACAUACCCGCCGCUUGCGCUGAAAACCCUAGCGGGUAUCGCGGAGGUUGCCGUCAAGACACAUAACCUUAAAGGUGUGAGCAUUGCGCAUCGAUUGGGGGUUGUGCCUAUUGGAGAGGCUUCAAUUGCUAUUGCUGUUAGUUCGGGACAUCGGGCGGCGGCAUGGAGAGCUGGCGAGGAGGUGCUGGAGGCUUGUAAAGAGAAGGCGGAAAUUUGGAAGAGGGAGGAGUUUGUUGAUGGGGGUAUGGAGUGGAGGGCCAAUGCCGAUAGGGAUGCUGAAGGGAGACCCUUGAAGGGUAAUUGA